UAAUGACGCAUAGGAUGAUUUGAUAGAACACGACGAGACCGCAAAGAAAGGAGAAGAGAACAAAACGGAUGAACUGAUGCUCCACCGGAUUAGGGAAUGCAAUGUCAUGAUUUAACGACAACUUUCCCAGCAUUGAGCACCAAGAUCACAGUUAAGGUCCAUUUGGUGAAUUGUGAACAUCAGAACAUCAGCUCUGUAACGUAGAUGGUGUUGGUGCAUGGAAUCAAACCAGUGUUUUAUCAGCUACUGGAAGCCUCAGCAGCUACAGAAGUGAUGUUGAUGAACUUCAUCGAUCCCAAAGUUCUUUAGUGACGAUGAUGUUCAGGGCAAUGGGACAAAUCCUGGUGAAUAUUGUAGCAGAAAUCAGGACUCUCAGGACUCUUCUUCUCCUGCUGUGCUGUUUACUGUGUGAAGCUGGAGACGAGACGGUCACACUGCAGGAAGUGGAAGGAACCACUAUAACUCUCCAUACUGGGAUAACUGGGAUUCAGAGUGAUGCUCAUAUUCAGUGGAUUUAUGGACAUGAGAAAUCAGAGGAAAUGAUAUUAAACAGUUAUGUGUAUAAAGGAGAAACUGUUACAGACAUCAGUGAGAGAUUUAAAGAGCGACUGCAGCUGGACAGAAUCAGUGGAGCUUUAACCAUCAGGAACAUCAGCAGAACUGAUUCUGGAGUUUAUUUAUUACACGUCAUCAAUGGAAGUUUCUCAUCUAGGAAUUUCAGUGUCAGUGUUUGUGCUCCAGUAUCAACUCCAGUAAUAAUAAAUGAAAGAGGAAAGCGAAGUGUGAUUUCCACAGAGUCGUGUUUCCUCCUGUGUUCUGUGGAGAAUGGAGAAGAUGUGAAGUUAUCCUGGUACAGAGAGAAUGAGAGAAUCUCCAUCACCAAUAACACAGAUCUCAGUGUUCCCCUCAAUCUCCCACUUCAAAUACAACACAAUGACAUUAACACUUACAUCUGUGUGUCUGCAAACCCUGUCAGCAAUUAUACCUCUUCUCUCUACAUCUCACAGCUCUGUGACGUCUCAGAUAAACCUGAUCCUUUCUCUCCACUGUUUCCUGUCCUGAUAUCAGCUGGAGUUUUUGUGUUAUUAAUUAUAAUAAUAAUUUUGGGGAUUUUGCUGAAAAGGGAAAAAACACAAGAAAAUCCUGAGGGACUGACUUAUGCUGAGUGAAUAUUAAAGCUCACAGUGCAGAGAGACAUAAAGAGGAAGAAAACUCCACAGUAAUGUUGAAGUAGAGAGAGACCCUGUGGUGUAUUCUACGGAGCCCGCCUGGUUACUCCUUGGAGAAAAGAAAACAAGAACCGCAAAUUUGUGAUCACAGUUUUGUAAUUCAUACCCUCAGUUUAUAAACCGUACUCACGGAUUAUUAAACUGUUCCCUCAGUUUAUAAAUUGUACUCACGGAUUAUUAAACCGUACACACGAGUUAACAAACCGUGCUCUCAGAUUUGUAAACCGUACCCUCAGUUUUUGUAAUCCGUACCCACAAAUUCAUAAACCGUGCGCACGCUUUCACAAUCCGUACCCACGGUUUUGUAGCCCCUCGCUCAUUUUAGACAUCUGUAGUCAACAAGCACGACAACAGCUCCAAACGCAAUGUGUUUAAACUUCAUUUUUUUAAAAUGCAGAAUUUCCUUAAUUGUAUAAAAUAUGAUAGAGAGUUGGAUGACCUUACUGUGUCAACUUUUCAAGAGGAGAAGGUAAAAAUCGAUACAAUACGAAUAAUGCACAGAUUCUUUGGCU